AUGAGUGAUUUUGGGCUAAGGAACAUGGAUCAAGUAGCUCCUGUGUCUAACAUGUACAGAGGAAUGCUCAAGCGUCAACCAGCGUUUGACACCUUUGAUAGCUCAAACUCACUCUUUGCUGGGUAUUUUUUCUCACUAAAUGAAGAUCAAACGCUUCAAGAAGUGCCAACAGGAUUUGAUUCUACUUCUUACGAGUCCAACAACUGUGAAUUGCCUCUGUUAACCCCGUGCAGCAAGGCUGUGAUGAGUCAGGCCUUGAAAGAUACUUUCAGUGGUUUCACAAAGGAACAGUGUCGGCUGGGUAUCCCAAAUAAUCCUUGGCUGUGGACAGAGCAGCAAGUUUGCCAGUGGCUUUCAUGGGCUACCAAUGAAUUUAGCUUGGCAAAUGUGAAUUUUCAUCAGUUUCUGAUGAGCGGCCAGGACUUAUGCAACCUGGGCAAGGAGCGUUUCCUGGAACUGGCACCUGACUAUGUGGGUGAUAUUCUGUGGGAGCACCUGGAACAGAUGAUAAAAGAAAGCCAAGAGAAGACACAGGAUCAGUAUGUGGAAAACUCUCAUCUCACCUCAGUUCCUCAUUGGGUCAAUAAUAAUUCCUUAACUAUUAACGUAGAUCAGAACUCCUAUGGUAUGCAAAUGCCUGGAUAUCCUAAAACCCUCAGUUAUCCCAAACCCAGUCUCCUGACUGAUGUUUGUCAGACUUCCACAGGACCAAAUCUCCUCAAUCCAGAACAAGAGUUUUCAUUGUUUCCUAAAACCCAAGCAGAUGCUAUUGGUGUGAACUACUGUGCAGUAAAUCAAGAUUUCCCAAGAAGCAAUCUGAAUUUACUAAUAGAUAAUUCUGGUAAGCUUCGAGAACAUGAGUCUAAUGACAGUGGCACAGAAAGUUACGAGAGCUCAGAUUCAAUGUUGCAGUCCUGGAACAGCCAGUCCUCCUUGGUGGAUUUACAGAGAGUGCCAUCCUAUGAGAGUUUUGAAGAUGACUGUAGCCAGUCCUUGUGUCUGAGCAAACCUACAAUGUCUUUCAAAGACUAUAUUCAAGAACGAAGUGAUCCUGUAGAGCAAGGGAAACCAGUUAUACCAGCAGCGAUUCUGGCUGGCUUUACUGGCAGUGGGCCUAUACAGCUAUGGCAAUUCCUUCUGGAGUUACUGACUGACAAGUCCUGUCAGUCAUUCAUUAGUUGGACAGGAGAUGGAUGGGAAUUUAAACUUGCUGACCCAGAUGAGGUGGCACGGAGGUGGGGAAGAAGGAAAAACAAGCCAAAAAUGAACUAUGAGAAGCUGAGCCGAGGCCUACGCUACUAUUACGACAAGAACAUCAUCCACAAGACUUCAGGGAAACGCUAUGUGUAUCGCUUUGUGUGUGACCUGCAGAACCUGCUGGGGUACACAGCAGAGGAGCUGCACGCAAUGCUGGGGGUGCAGCCUGACACAGAGGACUGA